UUGAAUUAUAGCAUACAAUUCCUGUGCAACCCUGCAUUACAAAAUUCAAAAUGGCCGUCACCAACAAAAAAGUAAAAUUUCUGUACAGUGAAGAAGCGUCCGAGAAAAGUUCGAUAUACUGAGUGUGUUUUUUAAUAUUCCCUAUUCUUAAAUUAAACAAUAAGUUCUAAUUGAAAACUACUAAAAACUUGAGAUAAUUGAAUCGCGGAAAAAUGUGAGUUGGUGGAGUGUUAAUAAUUAUAAGAUUGAAAUUCUUUGGUAGGAAAAUUUUAUCGGUGAAAAUUUUCAUUCAAUUAUAUUUUGCGAAAGAAAGAACAAAGUGUAUUGGAUAAAUAUACGGUCUACUGUUUAAAAGAAAAGAGAAAAAGUGAAAGCAGACAAGAGAACGUGCAUCUUGAAACUAUCUGCAUGAAUAGUGUAUUAAAAACAAAAAAACCUUUUUUAUUAAUCGUAGCCGCACUAGCAAAAAUGUUAGUACACGCGUGUAAUCACUUAAAGAUCAGGAGCUGAAAAGCCUUUCCAUACAAGCUGAGAUAACCCCAACGUUGUUUGUGUAUAACAAAUUGAAUUGGUGUCCGAUCAAUCAACAACUUUCAAUUGAAAGCACUACCUAUAAGUUUUAUUUCCACUCCACGUUUUACCUCAUAUAAACGGCCAUGGAGUUCGAGGAGCUGGAAGGAAUAGCUAAAACGGACUUUGUUCCCCUCAUGCCGCUAAUAAAACAAGAACAAAUUGAUACUGCUAUACCAGAGACGGCGGCAUCAGAACAGCUCACCGGCAAUGCCGCUACCGCGACUACGUCUUCAUUUUCAGCUUCAUCAUUUGGGAAUCCCUGCGAUAGCGCCGAGAAGCGGUCGGAGUCCUCAUCAUCAGCUUCCACAAAAUUCGCCCUACUCAAAUGUGUAUGGUGCAGUCAAUUAUUGGGCAUCAAUGAUCGCCCCAAACUCUUAGAAUGUCUGCAUGUUUCCUGCUCACAAUGUGUGAAUACCAAAUUCUCUGAACUCGAUCGCACUAUGCCGCCACUUAUACAUUGCCCCGUUUGUAAUAUGGCCUCACAGAAUGAGUUUAUUAUUGAUAAUCAAUUUUUGAUCGAACAAUGCACCGCCGCUGGUGAUAACAGUUUGGCCGAUGGCAAUUCCACAGAUGCAUCCAAAGCGACCGUUACGGCCAAUAUCACCUGUAGCAGUUGUUCGGAUAAUGCUAUAGCGACGUCAUGGUGUGUCGAUUGUUCCGAAUAUAUAUGUGACAGUUGUGUGCAGGCGCAUCAACGUCUCAAAAUCACCAAGGAUCACACAAUUAAGCCAAAGGAGGAAGCCAAUAAUGAACAAUUGCCUGGUGCUGCUGGUAUAGAUAAACUACACAUGUGUCAUCUACAUCCGCAAGAGAAAUUGUCGUUGUUCUGUGAGACGUGCGACAAGUUGACAUGUCGUGAUUGUCAGCUCAGCGAUCAUCGCGAUCACAAAUAUAAGUUUGCGCAUGAAAUUGCUACUGAGACGCGUCAAGCGUUGAAAACGCUCGUCUCGGAAAUCAACUACAAGCGCUUUCUGCUCUCUUCUGCCACAAAAGUGAUUGACGAUCGACAAAAACAAAUUGCCGAUCGUAAGAAGGAUCUUAUUAAGGAGAUCACUGCAAUGGUAGUGAAAAUCACAAAUACAGUUAAUAUGCGUGGCAAGCAGUUGGCAAUGCGUCUGAAUGAAGUGUGCGAUACAAAAAUGAAGGUUUUGAUCGAGAAGAAGGACGCGUUGCAGCUGUUAUCCGACAACACCGAUCACUGUAUCGAGUUUAUGGAGAAUGCUAUGGAGAAAGGCAGCGACUACGCGAUUUUGUCGAGUAAAAAAUCUUUGGUGCGACAUUUGCAGAAACUAAAGUGUCAACGAGCAGACAUACCAAAUCCAGAAAUUCCUGUGCGUAUUCAAGUGCAGUUAAAUCAAGUCUCCGAACUCCAAAAAGUUAUUUCUCAACUCGGCACUGUUAUUGUGGACGGUAAACCAUAUCCACCAGCACCAUCCACUAAUGGACCGCCACGCCAACAGCCAAGUCCCAAUAUGGCGCCACCAUUACGACCUGGUCUUCCACCCGGUAUGCCCGCUGGCAUGUCUCCUACUGGACCGCCAAGCGGAUAUGGACCUCAGAAUGGACCGCCAAUAUACAAUAACAACUCUUCAGCACAACAACAAUUUAACAACAUGCAAAUGAGUCGAAACUAUGCUGCCGAAGGCGCAGGUAAGGUUCGUUUCGGCGCAAUGCCACCGGGUAUGCAACGUCAAGGUCAACCACAUGUUAGUUCCUCAACACAUCCUCAAAAUAUGGACAUGAGCUUGCGUGGCCUUCUAAAUAAUCAAGCAGCUCAGAGUUCCAAUCAAGCACAUAUCUCAUUUAAUGGUCCACCGAAUUAUCCCGGUGGGCCACAAGGCGCAGCAUCACCACACCAGCAAAUGAAUACCCAAAUGAGGCCGCAUUUUAUGGGCGGUCCUCCAGGCCAACAACAUCAGAAUUACCCGCAGAAUACGCCUGGUGGACCGAAUAACCCGAAUUAUAUAAACAAUACUGCGCGCUUUCAGAACUAUCAACGCAUGUCGAGUCACGCGCAGCAACAGGCCGCAGUAGCGGCCAUGUCAAGCGGGGCCGGUCCUGGUGGUCCAUGCGGCAGUCAAAUACCAUCGCCAAAUCCCAUGCAGCGACCGCAAAUCAUACCCAAUCCCAUGCAGAAUAACCUGGGGUUUCAUGGGAAUCAGCCUGGCUUCAGUCCCGGGCCGCCGCAAACAGCGCCACAAAUGAACAGUAGCUUGAGUAGCAUGCACAGCAUGGCCAAAUGGCACAUACCUCAAUCAGCGCAACAGACAAACGCUUGUCCACAACAAGGUCCUCUAAUGCAGUUCGCCAAUGGACGUCAAACAGAGAACUUUAAAAUUUCCUUAAAAUCUCCAAAUACUCUAAAGAAUACCACACCAAAUGGCAGCUCGUCGGCACAUAGUAUGCAAGGCAAUAGUGCGUCCAGCUUGCAUGCAGCUUCGCUUGGGCUCGGACCAGCUGUUUCCAUACUACCCAAUGUCACAUCAACGAAUCCAAAGACGCCGAGCCCGAGCACUAACGAGAACGCAAAAGAUUUCACUGAACCGAUUGACAAGGUCCGUGACGAUUCCAUAAACGAUCUAAUAGCUACGAUUGCCAAAUUGGAUUCGAAUGGUGUUCAGGUGCUGCCGGAGGGACGUACCAAAACAACAUCGCCGCAAGUGCACAGCUCAACAGACCUAUCCAAUACUCAAGAAGUUAAUACUAAAAAUGAUCAAAAAGACGACCCGAACGAAGAUUGGUGUGCCGUUUGCCUUGACGGUGGUGAGCUCAUGUGCUGCGAUAAGUGCCCGAAAGUGUUCCAUCAGAAUUGUCACAUACCCGCCAUCAGUUCGUUGCCGGACGAAAGCGAAAGUUGGCAAUGUCUAUUGUGCGUGAACCUCAAAGAGCUGGCUAAUAACACCGACAACACACAGAAAGCACCCGGCGAACUAAGUCGGUUGGAAUUGCAGAUCAUGCAACGCAUUUGUCUCGAAUUGUAUUGCCAGUAUGAACAGAGUCUACAUUUCCGCGAGCCAGAACCGCCUACCAAUACAGCCUACUAUGAAAUUAUAUGCAACCCCAUGUCUUUGGAUGUUAUACGUACCAGAUUGGAUCCGACCAGCCCAAAUCAUUAUAAGGAUAUCGCUGGCUUUGUAUCAGAUGUGCGUCUAAUAUUUAAAAACACCUAUCUCUUCUAUCAAGAGGACUCAAAAACAUUCACAAAUGCAAAAUAUUUGGAGAACUUUUUCGAAGAACAAUUAUCCAAAUGGCUGCCAAACUUCGCCAGCAAAACAAAUUCAAACACAACCAAUGGCAGUGCCAAUACAAACAGCAACAAUGCCGCAAGUCUCAGCAAUAAUAGUGCUUCCACAUCCUCUGCAGCUUCGCCAGGUCUCAUGAAUUUAGCAACCGGCCCCUCGGCUUCACCCGGUACUAUUGCAUCAAUGGAGAAUGGUCGAAAGAGUUGCAUUGCAGAAUUCCGGCUAGACGAUGACUCGUGCAUUCCGGCGAAAAGAUCACGUAAACUAACCGAAUAGGAUAAAUUUAAUCAGCUACUUAACAGCAUGCUAGCAACAAUCAAUAGUGGCAAUGAAAGUGAAGAACUGCUCGCGCUGCUCAGCCUAUGUUGCCCACCACAGACGCAGCCGAGUCUACUUUUGUAAUGGCCAGUCAUUUGAGCGAAAUGUGAUGACAAAAGCAAGGACUUUCAAAAAUAGUUAACGCUAAUGCACAAAAUUAGUAAAGCAAAAAAUAAUAACAAAAAAGUGCGCAGAAAAAACUUGAAACUUAGCGAAACUUACGCAUGUGCAAGAUAAAAAAAACCACAUGAAAAAUAUGAAUUAUACGUGUUUGUUUUCGAAACCUCAAAAUACGUAUCGUUGCAGAUUUGCUUUAGUGCAGAGCAAAUUGUACUCAUUUAGCAUAAUAAUUACAAAGAUUUUAUUGGCAUCGAAUUUACACAAAACAUGUCACUGCGCACGCGCACUGCAUUAUGGUAAGCUGGCUUCUGAACUGUAUCGAAUCAACAUUGAGAAGCUUCCCUAAGCUAUUGAAAACAAUAAGCGUUAAAUAAUACUUUGAUGCGAACCACUAGCUGUUUAAGUAUAGACAUUAUUUGAAAGACAUCGUUUUGAAAUUAACUAAUAUUAAUAUAUGUUGUAAAUUUAAUAAGAUUACUUAAAGUAAAUAACAAAAAAAUACAUUUUUGAACUUGAAAAAAAAACACACACACAUACACUAUGGUAGUUAUAAUAUUUAGUGGUAGUUAAUAAUGUUUAGAAAAACAAAAUACACUUAAUAAUAAUAUCUAAACUAAAGCUGCACCCUAAAAUAAUUUUAAGAAAGUGAAGAACAAAGAAUAAACACAUCUUCAUUGUAUAGAAAAAUCACAAAUAACUCUACAUUCGUUGCGCACGUUAUACGCAUACUCAAUUGUAAAUAAAAAAUUAUAUAUAAAUUACCGAAACGUACCAAACGCACUUGGAAUCAAAAACAAAAGCAAACAAUGCAAAAUUAGAAAAAAGACAAUUGUUUAAUUACCCUAGUACACUAAAUUACCAAAACUUAUUAAAUUGAACUACUAAAACAGGCAACACGUCGCCGCUGCGUAACGAUUUCAUUAAUCAUAAUGUUACAUAGUUUAAGCAAAGUCUCAUUCGCUGCAAAUAAUUUUGAUUCGUAACUCAAUUACCACGCAUGACAUAAAGCUGGCAAAUUUUUCAACCAUAUCGCUACUAUCAUGCAUAUUUUCCAGUAAUACAGCACAUAAAAUGUGUUUCACAAGCUAAGCUAUUGUGUAACAGGCGUUCCUCAUGACCUUUACAGCCCGCAACAUAUAUUAUUUCUGCAAUUUGAUUAUACCUACCAUGAUUAAAAUGUUUUCACAACCUGUAUAUAAGUGAAUCAUUAUAACUACUUACAUAAAGCCAGAAACGAUUUUCCAUAAGUGGCAGCUUUGCAAUAAAUCGUAAGUUUGUGAUAAAAUUUUAGAACAACAAAACAUAACGUAACAAAAAAUGUGGAAAAGUUGCGGAAAAUUCGCUUAAAUGAACAUUUUAGUGCUUGACAUAUAUAACUAUGUCUGCAUUACUGUCAUUCUUGCGCUAUAUUUAUGCAAGCAUAUAUCUUUUUUUCUGCUGCUGCAACUAAACUAAAUAGACAAUGGCAGUGCAAAGCCACAAAUCAUAUAAAUUAUAAAUAUAAAUAAAAAGCAUAGCGUAGAAUUAUUGUAAUUAAACUCCUCAUACCAAGUAUUUAACAUGUAAAAAAAGAGUAAACUUAAGACACACAAGUUUAGUAAACUACUCCAAAUAACCAAGUUAAAGUAGUUUCAUAAUAUUGCGACAAAAAAGUAUUUAACAUAACAUAAUUUAGUAUUUUAAUUUCCACUGAGUCUUUAUUUUCUCUUUUGAUAUAUUAUAUACAUAGCUAUGGUAUAAAUAACUGCUGUCCAGUUCAUCAUGACCACUAUAUAUAGACGCAUGAACGCAUACUAAAAUAGAAUUGAAAUUAAGAAGAAGUGAAACUCAAAUGCGUGUUAUUUAAGAAUUUUAUUUAAUAUUUUAUGCAAAUUGUACAUGCCAGUAGUUGUUUUCUCACUAUUAUUAUUAAUAUUAUUAUUUUUUGCUAUUUAAGACUAUAAUUUACACUCACUAAUAAACACAACACGAUCAAAUACUGAUUAUGCAUAAUUAAACACACAUACACAAACAUAUAAUGUCUGCGGGAAGACCUUUACAAUACAAAAUUACUGUCAAAUUAUAAGACAACAAACUAAUGAAAGGCUUAUUAAUUUAUGUGCAGCAAUUUGUAGCAAAUUCAAUUCGACGCGUUAGCAUAAACACAUAUGGUAUUGUACAUACCUAUCAUGCAAAUGUAUGUACAUUUACAUAAUGAUUUUAUAUAAGCAUUCUGGCACCUUGCUCCAAACACACACGUAUAAUAUGUAUGUAUAAAUACGUAUGCAUGUAUUUGUGUAGAUGAUUAACUAAUAUGGUAAACUAAACUUUGUAGAUUUUAUCGUAGAUAUAGGUUUACCUAUAAUUUAUAAAUAUUGGCAAAGUUGUAAUGCUAAUGCGUGUGAAGUGUUGCUUACUAUGAUGAGAAGAUGCUUGGUUUAGUUUAGGCAAUACAUGUGCAUGCAUAUGUUUGUGCACGUAUGCAUGUGUGAGAUAUGUUAUGAAAUCUAAUGUCUACUGCACUAUUUCUAAGCAAAAAAAUAUGAAUUAAUAAACAACUGAAUAUUUAAUGUAAAACCAUAA